AUGUUCCCAAGACUCCAAACGACUACGUGUUUCGGUAGCGGCAUGGAAUUUGGGUGUCCCAAGUCGAAACCCGUACCUGAGUUCGACUUUGUCGUCUUCCGUGAGUUGGGUAUUUCGAUGGCGUCAUUUCAGACAAAUUGUCCAUCCCCGGCGGAUACUCGUGACCGAAGAGCUUCUCGUAACAGGAGAGACGUUUACUUCACCCCCUCAUGA